AACCGCGGCUGUAUGGCGUCACGUGAGGAAGAUUUGAUCACGCUCGGCGGAAACGGAAAAGGCCAAGAGGAGCCAACAUGGCGGACAGACUAACGCAGCUUCAGGAUGCCGUUAACUCCCUGGCUGAUCAGUUCUGUAAUGCGAUUGGAGUCCUGCAGCAGUGCGCUCCACCUGCCUCCUUCAGCAACAUCCAGACUGCCAUCAACAAAGACCAGCCCUCCAAUCCCACAGAAGAAUACGCUCAGCUGUUUGCAGCACUCAUAGCAAGAACCGCAAAAGAUGUGGAUGUGCUGAUUGACUCUCUGCCCAGUGAAGAAUCUACUGCCGCACUGCAGGCUGCCAGUCUGAGGCAGUUGGAAGAGGAGAACCAGGAAGCUGCGGCCCGUCUGGAGGAAGUAGUUUACAGAGGAGACAUGCUUCUGGAGAAGAUCCAGUCAGCUCUAGCAGACAUCGCUCAAUCACAACUACGCACACGCAGCGGAGCCCCGAGUCAGUCGACAGCGCCAGAGUCAUGACAGCAACUGACCCCAAACAAACAUGGACUAUAUCGUCUGUACGCAGCAGGGAUUUUAUACUCAUCCUUCAUGGGUCACAGGAGAUCUUGUGUUAAAUGUACAGUUUGUUUCUGGACUGAAGAAUGAUUCUGAUUUCAUUCUCUAAGUGCACACUGUUUCCCAUCACAUGUCUUGUUUAUAUGACCUCUGACCUCAUGAUAACCAUAAAUGUUCAGCAUCCAUCAGACAGUCCCCAUCCUGGAAAGUUGGUCUUUGUAUAUUUAAUGAUGUUUUUUUCAUGCCAGGAUCAUGCGGUGUUCAUUUUAUUUUGAAUAAAAUGUUGUCAUUGUGUUAAAAAAAAAAAAAAA